AUGUCAAGUACAAAUACAGGAGAGAAUCACUCGGUCGUUUUGCCUGUUCGAAACUACAUCAGUUCGAUCGCGUUUUUGAGUGAAUGUGCCGCUCAAUGUCAAGAAGACCUGGCACAAGGGGAACAAGUAUAUCAACAUCUACUGACUCUGCCUAGCCUGGUGCGUUCCAUCAGAUCACGCACAUACGCAAAUUUCGCCCAAGCCCUGGACAACUUAAAAGACACAAUUGAUGAAGUCAACAUAUGGUGUGAGGAAGAAACUGAUAUGUGCAUUGAACUAUGUGAAAGAGAAGGAAAUACGUUUCUCACACCACCAAUCUCCACUAAUUUCCAAAGAGAACUCACCAUUCGGACUGGUACUCUACGACAACAAAAUAGAAAUUACCGGAGGUGUCAACGGCAGACAUUGGAUGAAGCAGAGGCCACUGUCGAUGCUUUGAUCGAAAUAGUGGAGACGGAAAAUUUAGAAGAGGGUGAGAUUCGGGAGGAGAAUGAUGUCACUGAACCGGUCCUCGAACAGACUACUCGUAGUGACAGUCAAGCAGGCAGGAGGCAGCACCGUCGGAGAGGAUGA